GCGCGGGCCGCGUCUAUGUGUUGUAUUUGCGAGCAUCGCGCCACGGAUGAUGUCGUUGGUGGACGUUUGGAACGGAAACGAAGAAUCUCCAACGAAGAGCGAUCGCAUUAAGGAAACCCAUCACUACUCAUUGCACCAGAUGCAGCUAGACACGAUGCAGGAUAUCAUAAGUGAGGAAGACACAGUGAGAUAUGUGCGUUUGAAAAGUGAAGAAAGCGGUAGUGCAGGAAACAACAACAAUAACAACAACGGCAUCAACAGUUCACCUUCGAGUAGUAGCAACGGCAACAAUCUACCCAUGGAUAAAGACGAAAAGCGUAUGCGUCGCGAAAUCGCGAACAGCAACGAAAGACGUCGGAUGCAAAGCAUCAAUGCGGGAUUUCAAAGCCUGCGGCAAAUGCUACCACACCAUGAGGGCGAAAAGUUAAGCAAGGCCGCAAUUUUACAACAGACAGCCGAAUACAUUUAUUCACUAGAACAAGAAAAGACUCGGCUACUAUCGCAAAACUGUCAGUUGAAACGGACAAUUGAUCAACAAGAUCACAACGGAGCCCCAGAACUUGGAGUGCAGAAUGCGACACAAAUUGUAACGGGCAGCAGUGCAAACGGUGGAGUGGUCGUCUCUCAACAGCAGCAGCAGCAGCUGGUGUCAAAUGCCGGCACAGGCAAUGGAGGAAGCGGGCAACCUGGAACCGUAGUGGCGACCGUUGCCAAAAAGCGUAAAAUCGACGUAACAACGCAACCGGUAUCGGAUUCGUCGGACGAGGGAUUAGGGUCAAUGUCGCCGGAACCGGUGUCGUUACGCGCGGUGAACGUUACCUCGAACGGAAGUAACUUAUCUAACGCGCACUCAGGCACGACAACGAUCUCGAGUCCGUCCACCCACGGCAGGCAAUGUACGACGGUAAACUUUUCCGCAAAAGACGUGUUGGAAUUGAAACAUCAGCUAGAAGUGGAGCGGCGACAGAAGCUGUUGAUUGAAAAUCGGUUAAAAGCACUCGAGCGUCAACUUUAUCCAACCAGGAUACAGUACCAGGAUACGUCGGAGCUGGUAGUACCCGACCUCACUAACGAACCGUCAUCAGUAUCACUUGCAUCGGAGGAGGUUGCGGUAUCGAUUAUUCACAAACCAGUCAGCAGUGUUACAACGGUAUCCGGUAAACCGACACGUGUUCCCACCGCUGAGCUGGAUGGUGGUAUGUUGCUGAUUUCGCAAGAUGCUAACAGUUUGGCAAAGAAUCAGCAUAUCGUCGUCUGUUCUAAUGAGCUGAUAGAGGAGCCGCAUACUAUGCAGACCGUACCGGCGGUUCCCAAACAAUUGGCUGUACCGUUGAAGGACGAGAAGCUCUACAUCAAACGUUCACGAUCUCGAUCACCAACCAUUGGAGAAGCGACAGUAGUAACGUUGCCACCGAAGAAAAAUCGUUACCCUUCCAUUCUCGAGGCGGCUAUCAAAGCUGAACCCAAGGUGGAGGUAGAGCGCAUCGAUUCACCCUCCUCGAUAGUGGUCAAUGAUGAUCAGAUGAUGGUGUCAACGACAGGUUCGCAUCUGGUGGGCACGGGCACCAGUUUAUCCGCGGUACAGCAGCCUCGACUUAACUGUAGCUACCGUCAUAACCUCGAAACAAUCGUUGAAGCAAUCCGUCACCUCGAAGGUGAUGCAUUUGAUGCAGUGGUACCCACCCAGCAACAGCAACAACAACAGCAGCAGCAGCAUCAGCACCAGCAACAGUCAUUACAUCAACCACUACAACAACCUCAACCCGUUCCACCUCCCACAGUAACGCCGCAAACCACCAUACAACAGAGACCAAUGCAGGAAGUUCCACUGGCGUUGACAACAGCGAGUAAACAACAGAUACCGCUAAUUCAGACGAAAACCGACCGUGAUCACCGUCAAAUUCAACUAGAACCGUACCUGAGGUUUCGAACAGCUCCGAAUGCUAGCGCGAGCGCUGUCCUGCCGACCGCUAGUGCUGCUAAUUUAGCUGCCACUGCCUCUAGUGUCGUGACGGUAACGCCACAAGUGGGCUCAAUCAUUUCCGUAUCGAUUGCUCCAACCGGCAGUAAUCCAUUGCCGGUCAGCUCCAGCUGUCAUUCACCUGCAGCAUCAGCAGUAGCAGCCGCAGCAAUAUCUUCGACAGCUGCUACGACCACGAUCGUGGCCAACAGUUCCGUCGUAUCGGCGAAUUUGCCGCUAGUGCAGCAACAGAACGCACUGACGACGGCGGCACAGCUCUUGCAGCAGCAGCAACAGUGCAGGCCUGGUGUAAUAGUGGUGAAGCAGAACUCAUGAUCCGUUACUACUGCGUCAGCGAUCGUUGGAAGCUGUAGCAAUAACAGUGGUAGCCAUAGCAGCUCAACCGUUGCCCCGUCCUCAUCUAGUACCAUCGCAUUGUUUUCGACCACGGCCAACCAAGGAAGGGUCAAGGGAAGUAACAGCAGUAUCAAGAGCAAAACUACUACUCCGCUGCUGGUUGGCGUUAGCAGUAAUAAUCUUAAUAAGCUGAGG